UUGUCUUUAUCCCUUUUCUUUCACUACUACUUGCCUUUUCUUCUCUCCCUCCCCUCCCCUCCCCUCUCUUUCGUUUAAUAUUUCCCUUCUUUUUUUGUUCUUCCACCCCACUGCUUCUAAGAGAGACCUCCGGCACUGAAUUUUGGUCGGAAGAUACUGCUUUUGAGGAGCAACGUACGAUGAUUCAAAGAAGAACACGCUUUGGUGGUCACCUGCUUCGAUCGUUCCGAGAUGCUUCUUCUUCUUCUUCAUCCAAGAUUGGAGGUUACUUUGGACUUGCAUCUCAGACUUCAACUUCUCUACAACAAGCAUGCGUAUCUACUAACCGAGAUGCUGAGUUUGCUAAUUUGGAGUGGGAUAAUCUUGGAUUUGGUAUGGUGCCAACUGAUUACAUGUACAUUAUGAAGUGUUCUAAAGGUGAGAGUUUUGAACAUGGCCAACUUUGUCAUUUUGGAAACAUUGAGUUAAGCCCUGCUGCAGGAGUUCUAAAUUAUGGGCAGGGGGCGUAUGAAGGUACCAAAGCAUACAAGAAGGAAGAUGGGCGCCUUCUUCUGUUUCGUCCAGACCAGAAUGCAAUUCGCUUGAAAAAUAGUGCUGAGAGAAUGUGCAUGCCAUCACCCUCCAUUGAUCAAUUUGUAGAUGCUCUGAAGCAAACUGUCCUAGCCAACAAACGUUGGGUUCCCCCCCCAGGGAAAGGGUCUCUAUACAUUAGGCCUCUAAUCAUGGGAAGUGGAGAAAUAUUGGGUUUGAGUGCAGCACCUGAAUACACAUUUCUCAUAUAUGUUUCCCCUGUUGGCAACUACUUCAAAGAGGGCUUGGCACCCUUGAACUUGUAUGUUGAGGAGGAGUUUGAUCGUGCUUCUCGUGGUGGAACUGGUGGUGUCAAAUCAAUUACCAACUAUGCCCCAGGUUUGAAAGCAUUGACUAGAGCAAAGAACAGAGGAUUUUCUGAUGUCUUAUACCUGGACUCAAUGAAUAAGAAAAAUCUUGAGGAGGUCUCUUCUUGUAACAUUUUUGUUGUGAAGGGCAAUUCCAUUUCAACUCCUGCAACAAAUGGUACCAUUCUCGCAGGAAUCACUCGUAAAAGCAUCGUCGACAUUGCUCGUGAUCAUGGUUACCAGGUUGAGGAAGGCACUAUUACAGUUGACGAAUUGAUACAUGCUGAUGAAGUGUUCUGCACGGGAACCGCCGUCGGUGUGGCUCCUGUAGGGAGCAUCACGUAUCAGGGUAAAAGGAUGGAAUUCAAAACGGGUGCUCAGGCUGUGUCUCAACAACUGUACAUGACCCUUGAAGGGAUAAAAAAAGGUGUAAUUGAGGAUAAGAAGGGCUGGAUAGUGGAGAUAGGUUAAUGAGCUCUUUCAUCCUCGUCAUUCAUCAAUGACCAAAUACCAAAAUAGUUGUGGAAAAUGUUGCUCUUUUUUUUAGCAUAAUUUAGUCAUCAUAAAAGUCAGAAAUGUAUGCAGCCAAAAAUGAAUCACACAACUUUAAAUGAGAAAU